CUGAUAUUUUAAUUAAAAAUAAUAAUAAAUUCGUUUUCGGAAUAUAAACUUAGGUAAAAACAUAAAAACUGUAUAAAAAAGAAUUACAGGCACUUUAAUAAACACAACAAACAUAAAUUUAUUAUUUUCUAAGUUUAUAAUAACCAAUAAAAAUGGGGAAACGCCAGCACCAGAAAGAUAAAAUGUACCUUACCUACACCGAAUGGACUACGUUAUACGGUGGAAAAAGAUCAGGGACAGCGGUUGAGGAAGACACGUCCUUCAAGAGACUACCCUAUGAUCAUUGUUGCUUAUGUUUACAACCAUUUGAAGAUCCUUAUUGCGACGCUGAUGGGAAUGUGUUUGAAUUGCAAGCUUUGAUUGAGUUUGUCAAGAAGUUUAAAAUCAAUCCUGUUACGGGAAAAAAAAUUGAUAUCAAAGCUGUGAUCAAAUUGAACUUCUUCAAAAAUGCCUCAGGAGACUACCACUGUCCUGUCUUAUUCAAACCAUUCACAAAAAACUCUCACAUUGUGGCCAUACGCACAAGUGGCAAUGUCUUCUGCUAUGAAGCUAUUGAACAACUUAAUAUUAAAGGGAAGAACUGGAAGGAUCUUAUUAAUGAUACACCGUUUGUGAGAAGUGAUAUAAUUACCAUACAGGAUCCUAACAACUUGGGGAAAUUUAAUAUAUCUGUGUUCCAUCACAUUAAAAAUAAUUUGAAAGUGGAAACUGAGGAGGAAAUAGCUCUAAGAAAAGAUCCACAUGCAAGACUAAAGACAGUGUCAGCUGAAACUAGAGACAUUCUUAAAGAGCUUGAAAAGGAGUAUAAAGCACCUGAAGCUAAAGAAGUUAAGAAAGAGGUAGCAGACAAGUUCAAUGCAGCACACUACUCAACAGGCAUGGUGGCGGCCAGUUUCACUUCCACUGCCAUGGUGCCCGAAACCAUACAUGAGGCAGCUAUCAUUUGUGAAGAUGAAGUCAAAUAUGAGAGAGUUAAAAAGAAAGGCUAUGUGAGGCUGGUGACGAACUUCGGUCAGCUGAACUUCGAGCUAUACUGUGACGUGACGCCGAAGGCCUGUGACAAUUUUAUAAAGCUCUGCCUCAAUGGAUACUACAAUGGCACCAAGUUCCAUAGGUCUAUCAGGAAUUUUAUGAUCCAAGGCGGCGAUCCAACAGGCACAGGUUUGGGGGGUGAGUCAAUAUGGAAGAAGCCAUUUGAGGACGAGAUCCGGCCAAACUUGCACCACACUGGGCGGGGAGUGUUAUCCAUGGCCAACUCUGGGCCCAACACCAAUGGCUCACAGUUUUUCGUAACAUUCCGUUCGUGCAAGCAACUGGACGGCAAGCACACAAUAUUUGGCAAACUGGUUGGCGGACUCGACACAUUGGGCGCCAUGGAGCAGAUUGAAGUUGACAAUAAAGACAGGCCAAUUCAUGACAUAGUUAUAGAGGUUGCUCAGGUGUUCGUUGAUCCGUUUGCAGAGGCGGAAGAACAACUUGCUGUCGAGAGAGCCGAAGAAUUAAAAAAGAAAGCUGAAGCAGAAGGGCCAGGUGUCAAACCUAAGAAAGCUUCCAAACAACCACUCAAAGUGUUCAGAGAGGGAGUGGGCAAAUACCUCAACUUACAAGAGUUGACUACUAAUAGCAAAAUUACUAAAAAUCAAGAAGUUGUCCCUACUAAGAAACCUAAAAAAGAUAGCAACUAUAAUUUUGGUAGUUUUGAUUCAUGGUAAACUAUUUAAUAUCAUGGAAUUACUUCUUGUGAAUGGUCUGUUGUUGGUAAAGAAUCUGCCACAGGUUUUACUAAUAAAAUUGUCCUACAGCAAAAGAUAUAAAAGAUACUUGAUAGAUGUUCUUGUAUUUGUACAGUAGAUUUAAUAAAAUAUUAUGUAGGAAAUUCUAAAUGAUAAUAUAAACAUAAUUAACUGUAUGUAAAAAAUAAAGGGUUACAUGUACUACAAUGAAUACAAAGAUUUAAAGCUAUCCGUUGCGAGCUGCAUGGAUUGUGUUCACAAUAUCUCUUACUAGAGGAUGCUCGCGGCUUCGCCCGCCUGGAUUUCGGAUUUUUAAAUCCCGCAGGAACUCUUUGAUUUUCCGGGAUAAAAAGUAGCCUAUGUCCUUCC